AUGUCAUAUGACGCAGUCCCCGAUUCAAAGCCAGUGGGAGCAGCAGAAAACGUGACAGACGGCGAAAACGAGGACGCUGUCGCCACGCUGGUGGAGAAACCAAAAUGUUGCUGUCCGUGUUGGAAUCGCACACGUUUUUUAGGGGGAAACAGACGUGCUUAUGUAACGGUGUUAGUCUUAUUUCUCAUAAAUCUUCUGAAUUAUAUGGACCGGCAAACGAUACCAGGUAAGAAUACCAUGACAAUAAAUGCUGUAUUGUCUGGACGGAAAUUUACUGAAUGGCCAUUUUCCUCCCUUACACCGCCCCCUUUAAUUAUGAUAAUUUCUUCAACUUCAAGGAGACCCUACUGCCUCGUAAAUGCACGCCAGAAAGGGCUUGAGAAGAAUUGUAAGGAACCCUGCCACUUGUAUGAUUUCCUCUCAAAUCUUUACAAAACAAAGCACUUGAAAACAAAUUAACAAACCAACAACCAAAAGAUUAAAUAAUCCACGAAAAAGAAUCCAUUCCUUUUCGAUAUUAUGACAUAUUUAUGGUCUAUACUUCUGGCAAUGUGUAGAAUACCAUAUGUUUUUAUAUGAAGUAAACUAUGUUGGAGUUAAAAUCAGUGUUUUCAGGUUAAGCCAGAAUUUCCUUUGUCUCUGGUGAAUAUUAUUAUGGCUUGGAAGCAGAGGAAAUUCUGAAUCAAGCUUGGUUUAUUACUACCCAAGAUGGCAUUUCUACUGAUAACACAUAAACAGCAGUUGUGUCUCAAUUUGCUGAUAAAAAGGCCCGGGGUGGGUGGGGGGGGUGGCGAGUACUUGGGUUAAUGUUUGCUGGGUAUGUGCUGCUGGCCUCUCAGAGCCCCUACCCCAUUGCAGUCUAUUUUUUGGCCAAUUUAUAGACCCCAUCUUAGUCACUUUUUGGAAAAUGCAAUUUUUGCAAUCCCAACUUAGUCACUUUCUAUUUAUGCAUCUACCUUAUCAAUGUGGUUUCAAGCGGCGGAAUGUAAAUGCGGUCAAUGUGAGCUUCUUGUUAAAUUUAAUAAACAACAAUUUUCUGAUUUUUUAACCGAGAAUCUUCCCAUUUUGAAUCCCUACUUAUCCCAAAACCAAAAAUUUGCGACCCCAUUCUAGUAAAUCUAUUGAAAAUGCAACCCCAUUAUAGUCACCCCAGUCAUGAAAAUGCAACCCAAUCGAGCGGCACAUCCCUAUUAGCCUCUUAUAAGGAAGUACCCCCCCCCCCCCCCCGGCAAAAAGAAAAAAUUUGAUUAAAAAAAAUACAACCCCACAACCACCCUUUGAACCCCAGGGGGAACACCGCAGGCAGGAAACUUUUUUUCCACCACAACACCCUCACCUGGCCCUAUGCUACCCCCCCCCCCCCCCCCUUGGUAAAAAGGAUAUACUUGAUUACAUAAAUGUCACUCUAGAAUCCAUCCUUGGAGACCCAGAGGGGAUCAGUCAGGUCAGGAAUUUUUUCCUGACCCAACUGACCAUGCCAGGUCUCCUAGGAUGUCUAGAAUCAUGAUAUGUGAAUAAAUAAUGAGAUGCAAUUUAUUAGAAGUAAUUUUGAAUAUUUGCUCUAUUUUUUCAUCAGGGCUUUUGGAUAAAAUUCAGAAAUAUUUUGACAUAACAAACUCAAAAGCAGGCUUGUUACAAACUGUGUUUAUCUGUAGCUAUAUGGUUCUUGCUCCUGUAUUUGGUUUUCUUGGGGAUCGAUACAAGAGAAAAUAUAUAAUGGCAGCAGGGAUAUUAGUUUGGUCUGGAACUGUUUUUGCUAGCACUCUGCUCAAUAAAGAUGUAAGUAAUGAAAGAUGCAGGGUCACCAUGAUUUAGUACUUACAUACGUAAUUACUUGGGAAAAAAAACUACCAUAAGAACACUAACAAUGUCGUAGUCCUGUUAAAUCAUAUUAAUAGUGCUCAUUGUAAAGAGUAUCAUAAUGUUAUUUUAAAGCUAUUAUAAAGUUGUCAACUUUAUUAUGUAUAAUUUAGAUGUCUUGCAGAGGUUUACAAAGAAUUUGAGUGAAGUAAAAUUUAAAUUUGGUUUCUACAGAGAGCCUGCCAUUUCAAGUUUAACAAAAGAACUUCAACUUUAUUAUAUAAACGCCAAUGAAAUACCAGGUUAGCUUUCACAUGAAAACAUGAGAUCUUCACUUGUGAACAUACCAUGUUAUUUUUACUGGUGAAAUGAUGAAUUUGCACUAUUCACAGCCAAGAAAUGUUUAAGUGAAAUACGGGGCUGUAGUUUGGUAUUUCAUUGGUGUUUACUGAAAUAAUAAUAAAACAUUACAUGUCUGCUUCGAGAUACAAAAUUUUUUUUCUCAUGUUGAUUAAUAUUUUACUGAUUGGCUGCAUUUACUCUUGAAAUAUUUUUCAGCACUUGAAGAGAAAUUUUGUAUCUCUGCACAGCCAUGUAUUAUCCUCUAUUUUUUCUCUUUGACUGCAGUCUUUCUGGUGGUUCCUUGCCCUUCGUGGUGUUGUUGGAAUAGGUGAGGCUAGUUACUCAACCAUUGCACCCACCAUCAUAGGAGACCUUUUCACUGGAGACAUGAGGACUAAGAUGCUCUCUGUUUUCUAUUUUGCCAUUCCUGUUGGAAGGUAUAUAGUGUAAUCACAAACUGGGGUGUUUAAGUAUCUAUAUAAUAAAAGGGAAUAAGUCAUUGAAUAAACUGGGCUGGAAAAGUUGUGGGACAAGUGAUUUUCUUUCUGGGUAAGCAACUUUUGAAGCUCACUGUCAGUGAUCCAGGGUUCAAGCAGAUCAUCCUCGAACUAAAUCAUAAAGCAAUAUAUGAGAUCUGCUUGCCCAAAGGACAUGCUGAAAUUCAAGUUUGAUUCGAGCCCUGAAUAAAGCCUUGAUGUAAACAUUAGAAGAGUGAUGUAGGAAUUGAUAUUGACUGAUCACUUUUGCAUUUACUAUAUAUUACGUAAAAAUAUGAAAUAUAUCUUUUUACAUGUUAUUGUACAAGUCCAGCUGAUGGUCUUUUUGAAACAAAACAUGUAGACAAGGCUUGCAGGCUUGGAAGCUUAAAUUUAUCUUAGACCAUAAAAGCAAUAGUAAAUAUUACACUCGUUUGAAAAUAGGCCAUUUGUACAAUGGCGUCAUUGUACUAUUACAGCCAGAAUCCUUCAGGGUAUUGCUUUCUUGUGCAAAUAAUAGCUUUUGUUAUUUAAACCUCACUGGGACUACCAAAUUUAAAUAUGGAAGGAAAAACAAAAUGAAUUCUAGUCUUAGUUGUAAAAAUACAUCAUCGUGCAUGAUAAUACACUUAAUACAGAAUGAUAAUACACUUAAGUUGAUUUUAAAGUAUCAUGUCAGUAUAAUUUAUAUAAAUAUUUUAUAAUAAUCUUAAAGCUUUAUUGGCCUGCUUAUUCCUUGAUGCAAUCAAUUUGAAUAAAUUUAAAUAAGAUUAUGAUAAUUUAUUAAUAUUUUUGUCAUAUGUUUUGUCUUAGUGGGCUUGGUUACAUAGUUGGUACAACAGUUGCCGGGGCUUUUGACAAUAAUUGGCAGUGGGGACUUCGUGUAAGAUACUUUUCUGUAUUUAUUUGCUUUUCAAAAGUCCCUUUUUGCUUCUCUGUUAACUAAAAAGAAAAAAUUACAAUCAAUAAUGUGAUAUGUACUUCUUCCAAAAAAAAAAUUACCCCUCAAAUUUGACUCUUAACCUUCUAAACCUCCAAAAUCCAAGUUCAAACUUUCUAAACUGAUCUCCAUAUAUUUCCUUAAAGAACAUUAUUUGAGAGGAUUUGUUUCAAGGGUCAAAUUAUCUUCCCUUUGGUUAUCAUUCUUAUUUGGUCAAACCACAGACACCCGCUUAUUAUUGCGGACAGUUUUACAUUUCCUCUAAAUUUACCCCACAUAAUAUGGACACCCCGUCAAUACGAACACUUUCUACGACCCUCAGUGUCUGCAUUAAUGUGCUUUGGCCAUCAUUUUACCGUAACCGAAUUUCUUGAUUUUUUAUUGACAAUGGUAAGAGAAAAUUGAUGCUGGUUACCUUUGGAACAUAGCGUUAAAUGAUCCCAAUCUCAAAAUGAUCAAGGCCUUUUUUCUUUGCACCCUAAGAAUUAUCCCCAAGUAUGUUUUGGAGUGGAAUGGUAUACCACAAUAGAGGGAAAUUACCCUGGCUAACCUUCCUUCUAAUUCAGUUGUGCAUCAGUGCACAUGUUUUUUAACAUUCUUAUAAAUCUUAUCCUUUCUUUAUUCACAUUAUAUAUUUGCUUUAGCUGUAGAACAGAUUUAGAGGGAAAUUACCCUGGCUAACCUUCCUUCUAAUUCAGUUGUGCAUCAGUGCACAUGUUUUUUAACAUUCUUAUAAAUCUUAUCCUUUCUUUAUUCACAUUAUAUAUUUGCUUUAGCUGUAGAACAGAUUGUGCAGCCUGGCAAAAACAUGUGUGAAAUUAAAAAGUGCAAUGUUUCUACCACUUUCUCUUAUAUUGUUUAUUAUUCAAGCGGCUCAAAAUCAAAUAACCUCCACUGUCAAUGUCUCAUUUGAAGCUCUCUCUUUUUUGUGCAGGCAACACCUAUGCUUGGUGCUGUGUGUGUCCUCCUUUGUGUCUUCGUUGUUCAUGAACCCAAAAGAGGAGCAAUAGAGAGAGGGGAAAACCCAAAUGCUGUUUCAGCUUCUAAUGUACACAACACAUCCUCCUGGCUCACUGACCUGAAGUAUCUUGCCACAGUGUGAGUUUUAGUCUAUUUUCAUGAUUCACAAUGUGUACCACAUUAAUUUUAUACAUCUGUCUCUCCUCACUCCUCGCCAUUAGUCACUAGCAGCAAGCAGCAAGGCGAGACAGCUGUAUUUCAGGCUAUGUAUUUAAGAGCUUUUGACUUAUUACGUCUGAAAAACCUGCAUGUGAUACUUUUUUCUCUUCAUCUAUUAUCUUUGACUGUAGAAGAUGAAAAAUUGAUAUUGUCCAAGCAACAAUGCUGGUCAAAAAUCAUAAUUUUGAGCAUCAAGCACCAGAAAUUUCAGAAAAAAAUUGUGAGUUCUUAAUGAGAUUCAAACUCAUGAUCCUCCUUAGAUUGGAUGCUCUUUCACUGAGCUCCUGGAGGCUCUAUUGUGAGCAGGGCCAAAAUUUAAUUAAUUACACACCAGGUAGAGAGGACUGUAUCAGGGUCUUGCUCAAAAUUAACUGUCGACCAACGCAUAAGACCAAGGCUGUCCAAUAUUUUUUUUAAAAAAAGGUGAAUCAAGCAUCAUAGUUAAAGUUCAGAAAAAAAGUUGUGAGUGCCAGAUGAGAUUCAAGGUAAAUCUAGUUUCAACGUGAGGUGCCUCCCAGGCAUUUUGUAAAAGCUGGGGACAGAAUAAGAUGAUGUGCAUGAAGAACUUUCUAACCUUUUUUUAUAUUUAUAUCUUUGUUUUAUUCUUGCUUAUGACAUGAUAGGAAGAGCUUCAUUUGGUUGACUCUGGGGUUCACUUGUGUUGCAUUUGUUACUGGAGCUUUGGCAUUUUGGGCCCCCAAAUUUCUAUCUAAGGCAAGCAGUACACAGGGAAUAUAUGAGACUGAUACAAGGUGAGCACAGAUGAGUGAUGUUGAAUAAGGGUGUACCGGUAAUCCAUAUGGGUCAGUACUCCUUUUAUAGAGGUUCUAGUCUUUGUACAGUAAUCAGAGUAUUUGAAGGUGAAAUAGAAUGUAGGUAAAGUCUGUGCUCAGGUUAAAUUAACUAGUAUUUGUCUUGUCAGGGUUCUAUAAGUUCACAUGGUUCUACAGGUAGUAGUAUAAACAAAUAAUAGCAUGAUUUGUAUGUGAUGUUUGGCAUAAAUACCACGAGUGACAUUUCAAAAUUGUUGUACAUAAUUUCACAGGCUGUUAGUGAAAUUGGAGACAAUUAUAAAAUAUCAUGAGUGGUAUUUAUGCCAAAUAUCACAUACAAAUCAUGCUAUUAUUUGUUUAUACUACUACCUGUAGAACCAUGUGAACCAUGCUUAACAGCCGAAAGACUUGAGCCUUCAGUUAAAUAACCCCCAGAUGAUAAUAAGGUCCUUGUUUAAGCAGCAAAGGAGUGACAUUUUUCUUUUCAAUUUCAUUUUGAAGUAUCAACUUAAAGGUUGGCGGCAUCACUUGUGCCGCUGGAAUAUUAGGUGUGGGGCUGGGUGCAGAAAUAGCCCAGCGGUACAGAGUACGAAACAGAAAAGCAGAUGCUCUUGUAUGUGCGUUUGGAUUACUAUCUUCAGUGCCUUUCCUCUAUGUAUGUCUUCUGUUAGCAGAUAAGAACAUCAAAGUGACAUAUGUGAGUAGUACUACGAUUUUAAAUGGGUGUUGUUCAUGGUUACUUGUUAAUUUAGUUGGCAAUGUAUUGUGCUUACCUUGUGCUACUUUUGUUUUUUCAGGCUCUUAUAUUCUUUGGCGAAGUGCUACUCUUUAUGAACUGGGCACCUGUUGGAGAUAUGGUUUUGGUAAGGCAAAAACAUUCAGAGUUUUUAAACAAGUAUUAUUAUUCAUUCAAAAUAUUUCCUCAAUUCUGAUUGGCUAAAAGCACACGCAUAAUUCACCAUAACCAGCUACUGAUGGCCAAUUUGGAAGAAUUUUGUGAUUAAUGAACGGAUGAUGUCAAAAGUGCAGCGUCCUUGCAGGUUAAUGCACAGUUGACUGAGAACACUUGGGGAGGAGGUUGAGUUGUUUUGGUUGCAAAAACAAAAAUGCGGGACAUUUCACUCGUUUCAAGAGUAAGAGUUAGGCGAAAUAAUAGCUAAAAACAUGGCAAGAACAGCAAGAAGACAACUCGAAGGGCGACAUCUGCUAUUUAGAGAAUAUUUGCAGAGGUGAACAACCCUAAACGUGUACUAGCGAAGAUGAACUUAACAUCGAUGGAGGUAAGCAUGUUUUAGCUGUGUUUUUAAACUCGGAAUUGAUUUGAAUGAUUAAUGAAACAAUUAUUGAAUUUGGCUUUUGUAUCGUAUGAAGAAUUAUGGAGAUCUCAGAGGGUGUUUCCUCCUUGGCCUACGGCCUCGACAGAUAACACCCUCCUCAAUCUUCAUAAUUCCUCAUAACAUACUCAGCCUCAUUCAUUAAUUGUUAAUUAUUGAUUUCAGUACAUAAUCAUUCCUGCUCGUCGCUCAACUGCUUCAGCUGUUCAGAUUCUUGUCUCACACUUGCUGGGUGAUGCAGGUAGUCCAUGGCUUGUUGGUAAGGUAAGAUUCUUAAACUCAACAACAGAUUUUAUUACACUAUGGCUAGUUGAGCAUAGUGAAUGACUUAAACAGAUCAUUCAUAAUAAGGUUUAAAACCCUGAGUUACGAGAGCAUAUACUAGCUGACUUUUUAUAAGCUUGGUUGGGAGGUCUUACUCGGGACAACAAAAAGAAAACAACCCCAGCCAGAGCUGAGAGUUCUAGGCUUGAUCAGUUUUUAAGUUUGGUGAGCUGACCACUCUGUCACACCACCACUACAUUUUGCCGGGUAGGAUGUCUCAAGUACAGUAAAUGCCCACAAAUAAGAACCUACUUUUUUUGAAGUUUGGCAAAAUAGGUUCUUGUAUUUUGGGAUUUUUAUUGGCAAUUUUGGCUAAGUGGGUUCUUAAUUAGGUUCUUAAUUUCUGUGAAGGAGAUAACUGAUUGUUGAUUGCCCAAAUAAGAAAUAAAUUUGGGUUUGGUCCUUAAUUAUACGGUAUUUAAUCACAACUGCAUUAUUAAAACCAUAACAAAACUGAUUACAGUAUUUAUGUACAGUUUGGUACAGUAUGUUCUUGUUAUGCUUAAAUCUUUGGUUAAAGGUAUUCGUCAUAAUUUAACUGCAACCCACAUAUAAGAACCUGCUUGAUCUUGCUUGGUGCUAAACGGGUUCAUUUAUUUUUGUGUAUUAAAGUGGCAAAUUUCUGUCAGAAGGUUCCUAAUCCAUUAGGUUCUUAUUCACAGGUGUUUAUUGUAUCAGCCUUAUAGUAAUUUCGUGUUGUAGACUAAUAAGAAUCAAAAACUAGCACGUUAAAUAUUACGGCUGAAUAAGUUUCAUUUCGAAUGUUCACGUCAGUGCAUCAAUUGGUCCACCGCCUUAAAGGUUUAAACUGCAUACUGAAUGAAUCGUACAAUGUUUAUGUACUGGUGAAGAUGUUUCUUUUGAAUGGUCGCACCGUAGGGUUUUAUUCACAGAGCUUAGAGUUUCAACAUACAAAAUAAACAGUACCGUGUUAAGGUACUGCUACUCUACGAGAAGUGGUUUCUUCAGGCCGGACGCUAUACUAUGUAGCCUACGGCCAGGAGAUACCACUGCUCGCAGGGUAAGGUACUGCUAAAGUGGAGGCUGCAAUUGAAUGGUCUCACCGUAGGAAGAAAAGGCUCCAUUCCAUAGCCUCACAAUUUAAUGGUUAAACCAAGAUUCUAUUCUUUUUUAUACAGGUUUCUGAUCUAAUAAGGGGAUCAAAGACCAACGAUGCGGCUCGGGCAACAAGCAUGGAGUAUUCGCUUUAUAUGACAACAUUCAUUUCUGCCCUGGGUGGAUUUUGUUUCAUAAUGUGCUCAUUCUAUCUGGAAAAAGAUCGAGAAAAGGCAGACGAAUAUAACAGGACUCAUGAUGAUGAAAGCUCACUGUUAAGCUCUGUGGCCGCAGAUAAUUAUCCUUCCAACUGUUGUGGAAACCAGACAUUAGAAAAUGAUGACGAUGAUGAUGAUCACCUGAUAGGAAUAGAACCUGACACUCCUACUACUCCAACUCCGUCUGAAGGACAAACACUUGUAGUUCCAGUCGAUGUUCAUUCUUCGGUACCAGUCCAAGAAAUACACGGCAACCACGUUAUGUGAAUACUGACCAUUUUCAUCAAUUUUAUAAUAUAUAAUUUCAGUUUUAUAAUACUGAAUCGUACGGCGAAUGAAAAGAAACAAAUGAUUUCGUUCUUUUACAUUUCUUUAGUGAUCUUUUGAAAGAUUACUUGGAUGAACGUUUGUUAUAAAAACACCUUGAAUUUUUCCUAAUUUCAGUAACGUUUCUAAUUCGCAUUUUAAAAUAAGACAUACAGUACAAGUAUUUUUGAGUGGAUUGUGAUCUGCACCUAAAGACGUGUC